UUGGAAUUAGCGGCUGAACAAAUUUCAAAUUUUGAAAAGCCCCAAACUUGCAAGAAAUUCGUUACCCUCCGUAACCUCACACCCCCCACCUGAAUCUCUCUCUCAAAUCCAAAUAUAAACGUCAUGGCGUUGUUGAACAAAACCCGCGAAGACGCUCGGAGCUCCGAAGAAGAGGAGGAGCUGGAAAAGCUCGAGUCCGAUGUGAUGGAAAUGGCGCACAAGAUUCUGGAUUACAGAGCUGCUCUCCCGGAUCAGCUCAGGACCACUCUCGUUUCGGUACUCGCUAUUCAGAGACCCAUUUUCCCUCGUGGGUUGGAGCCCGGUCCAUCCGGACGUCCGAUUUUAGAAGGGCCGGUUAAAUCUAGUGUGGAGGCAGUACAGGCAGAAGAGGAUCAAGAGACUGCUGAGAAAAUACGAUUACUUAAAGAUAAAAUUUCAAGCAAUGUCUCAGCCACGCCUGUUGUUCUGAAGAGGAUGAAAGAUUGUAUUUCUAAGAUUGACAAAUUGGAUUCUUACAAAGGAAUCACACAUCCUGCAUUUAAGAGGAAAAAGAUUAGCUGAUAAAAUUUUAUCGUCCAUCCUUACUUAUGUAGUUGUUAAUUGAAGAGGAAUGCAAAGGGUGUUCCAAUAAUUGAUCAACUUUAUUUGUUCAAUGGGGACAUGCAUCCAGCUUUGGAAGGGAAGGGGAUCUACUGAUCCAUUGAGAGUACUCGCAAAGGCAUUCCUUUUGAUCUGUAUCAUAUUUUGUUGAUAAUAUCCGCAGCACCUCUUGCACCCAUCGAUUCAGUUGCAAGGAAUGGAGAGAAGGUGCUAUUUUGUGGAAUGUUCAUGUUCUUUACAUUUUCCAUUUUU